AUUUGCCACCAGUUCCUGGCAUUUUGGAUGGUGUUGCUAAUGGAGAUGGUGUACUGAGCAGUGAAGAAACAGAAAGAAAAAAUGCAAGCAGUAAGGAUGGAUUAGUUAGGUUUGGAUGGAUCAAGGGUGUGUUGGUCCGAUGUAUGUUGAAUAUCUGGGGUGUCAUGCUUUUUAUUCGACUCUCAUGGAUAGUUGGUCAAGCCGGAAUAGGUCUUGGAGUUGUUAUUAUCCUUCUGGCUACUAUGGUAACCUCAAUUACUGGCUUGUCAACCUCCGCAAUUUCAACAAAUGGAUUUGUUCGUGGAGGUGGUGCAUAUUAUCUAAUAUCUAGAAGUUUAGGACCCGAAUUUGGUGGAUCUAUUGGCCUAAUCUUCUCCUUUGCUAAUGCUGUAGCUGUGGCCAUGUAUGUGGUUGGUUUUUCAGAGACUGUGGUGGGUAUCCUUAAGGACAAAGAUGCGUUCAUGGUGGAUCCAAUCAAUGAUAUCCGAAUAGUAGGCUGUAUUACAGUAGUCGUGCUACUUGGUAUAACUGUAGCUGGUAUGGAGUGGGAAACAAAGGCUCAAGUUAUUCUCUUGAUAAUUCUCCUUAUUGGUAUUGUUAACUUCUUUAUCGGGACAGUCAUUCCAAGCACACCUGAAAAACGAGCCAGAGGCUUCUUUAAUUAUCAAGCUGUCAUAUUCACAGAGAAUUUUGGUCCACGUUUUCAGGAUAGAGAAGGUUUCUUCUCUGUCUUUUCUAUCUUUUUCCCAGCAGCCACUGGUAUUCUUGCUGGUGCUAACAUCUCAGGGGAUCUAAAGGAUCCACAGGUUGCUAUACCCAAAGGAACGAUGUUAGCUAUUAUCAUAACAGCUAUGGUUUAUAUAGCUGUUGCCAUCUGUACAGGUGCUUCUGUUGUACGUGAUGGGACUGGAAAUACCAAUGAUACCAUCUCUUCUUCGACAAGAUGCAAUGGCUCAGCGGCCUGUUCUCUGGGAUAUGAUUUUUCUGCCUGUAACACAAAGACUUGUAAUUUUGGUCUGAUGAAUAACUUUCAGGUGAUGAGUAUGGUAUCUGGAUUUGGUCCACUCAUCACUGCAGGAAUCUUUUCAGCGACACUCUCUUCUGCCUUAGCAUCACUAGUCAGUGCACCUAAAAUCUUCCAGGCUCUUUGUAAAGAUAACCUUUACCAAGGGCUGCAUUUCUUUGGCAAAGGAUAUGGGAAGAAUGAUGAGCCAAUUAGAAGCUACAUAUUAACCUUUUUUAUUGCUGUUGCAUUUAUUCUGGUCGCUGAACUGAACACUAUUGCUCCCAUUAUCUCAAACUUCUUCUUGGCUUCGUAUGCACUCAUCAAUUUUUCAUGUUUUCAUGCUUCAUAUUCAAAAUCUCCAGGGUGGCGACCAGCAUUUAAAUUUUACAACAUGUGGGUAUCGCUGUUUGGAGCUGUCUUGUGCUGUGCUGUGAUGUUUGUUAUUAACUGGUGGGCAGCUGUAAUCACAGUUGCAAUUGUACUCUUCCUUUAUAUAUAUGUGACUUACAAGAAACCUGAGGUGAAUUGGGGAUCUUCAGCACAGGCCAUGUCUUAUGUCACUGCGCUUCAAGAUGCCCUUUCAUUGACUGGGGUGAAUGAUCAUAUUAAGAACUUCAGGCCACAGUGCAUCGUAUUGACGGGAUCACCUGUGUCCAGACCAGCUUUAUUGGAUUUGACACUUUCUUUUACCAAGAAUUUUAGUCUGUGCAUAUGUAGUCAAGUAUUUAUGGGUUCACAGAAGCAAACUGUAAGUGAAAUUAACAUGAGCAUGGAGAAAUAUCAGAACUGGCUGGCAAAGCACAAAAAGAAAGCCUUCUAUGCUGCGGUGGCAGGAGACAACCUACGCGAUGGAGUAAAGAGUUUACUUCAGGCUUCUGGAUUGGGUCGAAUGAAGCCCAAUACUCUAGUGAUUGGAUACAAAAAAGAUUGGCGUAAUACCAGUCCUCAGGAUGUUGAGACUUACAUUGGCAUUUUACACGAUGCGUUUGAUUUUGAAUAUGGUUUGCUUAUAUUCAGAAUUAGCCAAGGGUUUGACAUCUCUCACAUACUUCAGAUGCAAGAAGAAUUAUUGAAGAAGGAGCAAGAAACAUUGGCAUUAAAAGCUGCUAGUGGAGAAGAACCUGAGGACAGAAAACAAGGAAUUUGUUCACUUAAAUUCAUAAACAAAGCUGUCAAGUUCAAUACCAAUACUACGCCACCAGCAAAUGCACAGCAAGACUUCAGUGUUGGAGCUGCUGGUGACUAUAAUUGUCGCCUUCUGGAAGCAAGUAUUCAAUUCCAAAAGAAUCAAGGCAAAGGCACAAUAGAUGUAUGGUGGCUGUUUGAUGAUGGAGGUUUGACUGUACUUGUUCCUUAUCUCUUAACUACAAGGAAAAAGUGGUGUGACUGCAAGUUGCGUAUCUUUGUUGGUGGAAACAUAAAUAGUAUUGAUGAGGAAAAACGAGCAAUGGCUGCACUUUUAGGGAAAUUCAGAAUUCAGUAUGCAGACAUCAAGGUCAUUGGAGACAUCAACACAAAACCAAGCAAGGAGAGCUGGAAAACGUUUGAGGAGUUGAUUGAACCAUACCGACUGCAUGAGGCCAUGAAGGACAGUGCCACUACGGAGAGGCUGAAGAGAGAGGAACCGUGGAAGAUUACUGAUGCUGAGUUGGAAAGAUUUAAAGAUAAGACGUACCGUCAAGUCAGGCUUAAUGAACUGCUCCAGGAGAACUCCCGAGCUGCUAACAUGGUUAUUGUGAGCUUGCCGAUAGCAAAGAAAGGAGCUGUGUCAGGCCAUCUGUACAUGGCUUGGCUGGAGAUUCUUUCUAGAAACCUGCCUCCUGUCAUAAUGAUUAGAGGAAAUCAAAAGAGCGUACUGACGUUCUACUCCUAACAGCUAACAGAAUGCCAAGCUGCAGCGGCAAUUGCAAAACAUAUUUAUAAUUAGUGUAUUCACACAGUUAUUGUCACAAGAGCCACCAACUGACUAAUUUAGCAAUUCACAUGUUUUUAGUUCACCUGAUAUUUGCCAGUGUUUAGUAAAAGAUUCACAAGUCAUUAUUCUUAACUCUUAAACUUUAAAAUUUGUAAUUUGAUGUUUGAGCUUCAUAGCUUGUUGAUUAUGAUUAACAGUAACUUGUGUUUAAAUAUCUCUGAUACACUGUAUUUUACAACAAAGGUGGAAUAAAAUAUUCCCUUAGGCAGUCGUGAUCCUAAAGAAAUAAUGUGAUCAUCGUACAAAUGCAGAAUUGUUCGCCUUUAAGAUCUUCAGGAAUUUCAAGUUUUUCACGUACUGUCUGAUUUUUUUGAUCAAGUUUUUAUUAGAGAAGUUAGCUAUUCACAUUAUGUACCAUGUAUGUAAUUCACUGAAACUGCACACAAGAAAAUAGUUUAGAUAAAUCUGCAGAUAAUUUCUUACAAGAUUGUAUUGAGAUUUUACUCUGCUCUACUGAUUGAGAAAGUGACUCAAUAAAAAGCAAAAUUUGAAAGUAUUAAACUGGAAGAAGAAAUCUGGGUAAUGACUAAUAAUAUUUCAGAGAAAAAGAUUAAUUUGGUAAAAUUCACAGUGAUUCACGAUAGUCACAUAUCAAUCUUGGAAACAUACCCAUCUGUCUCCUAUAGUGAGAGGAGGCAGAUGGGUGUAUUUCCUACACUGAUAUGUGACUAUAAUGAAUUAUCUGAUGUCAGAAUGCUGGCCUUGGGGUGUCCUGCUACAUUAUGUAUUCAUUUCUUUUGAAACUCAUUCAGAGAAUCUAAACUGGAAGUUAAAUGACUAAUUUAAGGAAAUGGUACUGGAAUUAAUCAUUCCAAAUGCUCUGCCGGAGCAAGAAGUAAAUUGUAAUACCUUGUCAUCUGCCUCAGGUUUGAAUAAAACAAUUCAAAGGCAAUUUUUACAUUGAAUUUCAA